AUGGCAGGCGCAGGAGGUCUCGCAAGGCACUACCUUAAGUCCAUGCAACAUCACCCGUAUGGAUAUGCACUCUUCGAGCCAGCCCCAUUCACACGUCUCCGACCCGGCUCGCUCGGCUAUCUGGAUGAGCACCAUCUCUGGCAUCCAAUCCUGGAUCUUCUAGAUUCCGAAGCCGUCCAACGAGCAGGCUAUCCUCCCUUGGGCGAUCUGCGACCCGCUGAACCAGAUGUUCGCCGUUUUGGACCUCUGCUGUCAAACAAGACAGCCAAGACUAGCAUCGACCUUGAAGCGGGUGUCGGCGCAGCUGCCAUGGGACUCCCCGUUGACGUGAGUGGCGCUGUCAAGUACAGCACAUCCAACGAAUUCGGGGCGGUCCUUGUUUGCGAGAACGAUGUGGUGUCUGAGGGAUUCGAUCUCCGUCAACCUUUUAUCACCUGGCUUGAAAAGAAUGCCAAGACGUUGUUCAAACAAUACCCAGAGCUUAAGGAACAUGGUCUUUAUGCAGUGACGUGGACUUAUUCGUCCACGGACAUACACCUCAGUGCGUGGAAUGGCGAGAGUAAUGAUGCCACCGUCGGCUUCAAAAUUGGCAUGGCUGGUGCUGGAAAUGUUGGUCCAAAAACAGAAUGGGUCAGAGGACAGUCGAGCAGUGGGUGGGCAGAGUGGACUGACCAGAAACGAGUUCUGUUCUUUACCGGUGUUUUCAUGAGAACAAACCUAUUUGGGUGGGCCAAGAUGAAGAAGAGUGGCCCAAAAGAGGGAACCAAGAGGUUCAGCAUUGAGGGCGAUGAGGGGGAAGAGAGCUUCAAAGUCUUUUUGGAGCCUGUUGGAAAUACAGAGGAGGCAAAGGCUCAUUCUACUGAAGAGUCUGUUUGA